AUGGAGCCGGCCGGGCCGUGCGGCUUCUGCCCGGUCGGGGAGACGCGGGACGCGCGCUACACCUGCCCGCGCUGCAAUGCGCCCUACUGCUCGCUGCGCUGCUAUCGGGCGCACGGGCCCUGCGCUGAGGACUUCUACCGCGACCAGGUGCUGGGGGAGCUUCGCGGCCGCAGCGCCUCGCCCAGCCGCCUGGCCAGCGCCCUGCGCCGGCUGCGUGAGCAACGCGAGACCGAGGACGAGCCCGAGGCAGCAGGCCUCAGCCCGGGCCCCGCACCCGGCGGACCUUCGGGACUCUGGGAGCGGCUGGCGCCUGCCGAGAAAGCAGCCUUCGAGCGGCUGCUGAGCCGCGGCGAGGCCGGGCGGCUGCUGCCUCCCUGGCGGCCGUGGUGGUGGGGGCGCGGGGACGGACCCCGGCUGGUGGAGGCGGUGGGGGACGCCGCGGAGCCCGAGCCCGAGCCCGCCCGGCCGCCCGCCGUGCCCGCCCGCAUCCCCGCGCUGGCCAGCCUGAGCCGCAGCCCGGCCUCGCCGCUCGUGCGCUUCCAGCUGCCCAACGUGCUGUUCGCCUACGCGCACGCCCUGGCCCUGUACCACGGCGGCGGCGACGACGCGCUGCUCCCCGACUUCUGCGCCACGCUGCUCGGCGUAUCCGGGGCGCUGGGCGCCCAGCGAGUCUUCGCCUCUUGCGAGGAGGCCCUGCAGGCCGCAGCCCACGUCCUGGAAGCCGGCGAGCACCCGCCCGGGCCCCUGGGGACGCGGGGCGCCAUGCGAGAGGCCAGCCGCAUCCUGCUGGGCCGGGGCCCCGCCGACCACAAAGGCUACACGCUGGCCGCGCUGGGGCACCUGGCUCGGACCCUCGGCCGUGCCCGGAAACAGACGGCGGCUGGCGAAGAGCGAGAUCGCCUCUACCGCGCCCGGAAGAAAUGCCAGUACCUGCUGGCCUGGGCCAACGAGAACGAGGCGGCCCUCGGGCCCCUGGCUGCAGACUGCGCCAGGGCGCACGGCGCGCACGCGGCGGCCGCGGAGGAGGUGGCCGCCCUGGCCGGGGAGCUGGAGCGGCUCUGGGGCGGCCCUGUGCCCCCCGCCGCACCUGCCCCAAGGACUCUCAUUGAAGAGCUCCCUGGCUGACCUGGGGGGCCCUGGUCUCAAUAAAGCGGAGAUUGGCCCU